CAGACACAGAGAGCGGAGGAAAAACUUCAUUUGUCAGAAUAUAAAGUGAUUCCGUUAGAGAGUGAAUGCCUUAACUCUAAGGCCGAAAGGGAACAAUUGUAUCAAAGAGUGAAUAGUUUGGAGAGUGAACUCGAAAGCGCCGCAGAGGCCAGUCUUGAGGCCAAUCGCCUAUUGAAUGAUUUUUUGAUUUCCCAGAAAGAAAACAUUUCAGAACUCAAAGAGAGAAAUCAUAAGAUGAGUGCAGAAUUGAAACGAAUUCAAAAUGUACUCAAAGAAACUGAACAUAAUUUACAAACUGUUCAGAAGAAUAAUGAAGAUCUAAAAGCAUCGAAAAGUGAACUAAAUAGCAGUUUCACUGUUUUAGACGAACAAUAUACUAGUCUUCAGACGAAAAUGUCUGAAAUUCAUAAGAAAAAUGAAGAGCUUUUGAAUGACUCCCAAAAGUUAAUUCAAGAAAUCGAUGGUUUGAGAGAACUCAUGGCCAGAAAGGACUCGGAAAUCGAGUCUAUGAAAGGGGUUUUGUUGAGAUUGGAUGAGAAGAAUGACAUGAGUGAAGAUCAGACGGAUAACGACAUGAGUGGCAAAUCUGUGAUUAAUUUCUAUAAUAUUGUAGAAAUGGAUUUGAAACUGAAGAGCCUUUCUAUCGAUAAAAAUGAAUUAAAUGUAAAAUUGUCGCAAACAAUGAAAGAGUGCCAACAGCUUAACGAUAGAGUGAUUGCUUUAGAAACUGAAAAACAAACCCUUAAGAGUGAGUGCGAAGAGGCCGGUCGUGAUAGGCUUAGGGCUCAAACAGAACUACAAGUUCUGACCAAAUAUUAUAAGGAAAAAGAAGUGGAAUUAGGAAAAGAAAUCGGUGUUCAGCACAUCCAUCGACUCAUCAAAGAAGAGGACGCAAACUCUUUGACCACUCAAAUGGUUGCCAUUGAAGACGAAAAUGUUUCCCUUAAAAGUCAAUUGCAAUCAAUGAAAAGAGAGAUCACAGAAACGGAAAGUAAAUAUAAAAAGCAAAUCACUUUAUUGGAGAAACAGGUGCACGAAAACUGGAUCUCCGCGCGAACUGCCCAGCGAUCGCUCGAUGAGUCCAAAGCAGAGGCCACUGCUCUCAGACAAACACUCACUCAAACCUUCAAAUCUUCGGAUGGCUUUGGAGGCGAUUCUUCAUUUCUAGACGACUCUGCGAGCUCUGUCUCCUCAUUACCCGACCAUUUCGGUCACAUUCUGCCACCUAUUCCUCCGCCGCCUCCCCCUAUGAUUAAUGGAUUUAUUCCCGGAAUGCACUUACCAUACAAUGAAGGACCAGAUUCUAUGUCAUUCUGGAACCACAACCAAAUGGGACCUCAAAUGCCGCAAAUGGGACACAAUUUCUCUUCUCUCCAAACAAACGGUGCGAUCGGUAAUAACCAAAAUGUAUCGUUUGAAUCGAUGGGUUUCAACGCUCCGCCCAUGGGUUAUGCGCCACAGUUUCAGCAACAAUGGGAAUCGGCUUCAAAUCGUGAUUCUUAUUCGCCGGCAUCUCAUCGAUCCAAUAGUUCCCCGCAUUCGCACUCAUAUAUGUAUUCACAACCGAACAGUCAGUACUCGAAUCCAAUGACUGCAAUGAACUCGAUGUCGAGUCCAAUACACAAUCCAAUGGCCAAUAAUGUCGUGCAAUCAAGUGUGCCAUCACUGAAUAUGGUGUCGGAAGUGAGCCAUUGGGUCCAACCCAACGGCAAUACAUCCGACUUAAACUACAGUCACAACCAAUCGCAAGACACUUCGCGAUCCGCUUCACGCAAUGACAACCCUUUGCAGACGUCUAUCGUUUGAAUUCUCAUUUGUUUUGUUGACAACU